ACGAACCGAGCGCUUCGCACCGUCACGAGCUGUUCGUCUCUCGCGAACCUACCCCUCAUAGCCCAUCCGACCCACGAAUAACUACGGCUACGGACUCGAUUUUUUCGGCCCUCCGUCAAAAAGUUUAUCGACCCUACGCCGCUAUAACAACCCUUAUUCUUUUCAUUCAGCCAGUCGCUCCCUCUAAUUAUGGACUCCCCCUGAACUUAGUUGAACAAUCGGGACGCUCUCGAUUCUUAUUGCUUUAUUAUUUUUAUUACUACUCUACUUUCUCGUAUUACUGUUUCGGAUCCGUACAUUUUAAAAUAUAACUCGGGAGUAAUACAGUUUUGAGUCGCCGUUAUAUGUAACCAGGUCAAUUAGCCAUCCUCCUAACCAUGACACUGCGUUGACAUUGUCGCGGAGUGCGUAUAGUGAAUGUGAUUGUGGCUUGAAGUUGGACUGGGGGAUACGUGGAACCGGUGCAUGGUUGCGUGAGGAAACCCACCGCAGCGGAUGUGUACGCCGCUGCAGCCUUGGUUGUUUGUCCCGGCUGGAAUGCCAGCUGCUCUUGACCUAACUAGGUACAAGAGCGGGGUGCGCUCAGUGAGGGGCGGGGGCGGCGGCGGCGCGGAGGAGGCGCGGCGCGGCGGCCUCAAGGCGCUGCCGAAACGCGCCCGCACUCGCUGCAGGGGCAUGAACAUGGGGCAAAAGCUCUCCGGCGGAGUCAAGUCGGUGUCGCGCGACUGCACGGCGCCGUUUAAGGCGGUGGUCGCGCGCGAGCUGGCGCCCGAGCCGCCCCGGCCCGCGCGCCUCGACGCGCUGCUGGAUGCGCCGCCGGCGCACCCCGACACGCAGGUCAAGCACGCGUGGAACCCGGACGACCGAUCGUUAAACAUAUUCGUAAAGGAAGAGGACGCGUUAACAUUCCACCGGCACCCGGUGGCACAAAGCACAGACUGUAUCCGCGGCCGGGUGGGCUACUCCCGCGGCCUGCACUGCUGGGAGGUAGUGUGGCCGGCGAGGCAGCGCGGCACGCACGCGGUUGUCGGCGUGGCGACUGCGCACGCGCCGCUCCACUCCGUCGGCUACCAGAGCCUCGUGGGCGCUACCGACCAAAGUUGGGGAUGGGAUCUCGGGAGAAAUAAGGUGUACCACAACGCGAAGGGUACGGGCAGUAGCGGCGCCACGUACCCCGCUCUGUUGCGGCCGGACGAGCAGUUCUUGGUGCCCGACCGGCUACUGGUGGUGCUAGACAUGGACGAGGGCACGCUGGCCUUCUGCGCGGACGGCCGCUACCUGGGCGUGGCGGCACGCGGCCUGCGCGGCAAGACGCUGUACCCCGUCGUGUCGGCCGUGUGGGGCCACGCCGAGAUCACCAUGAAGUACAUCGGCGGGCUCGACCCCGAGCCCCUACCGCUAAUGGAGCUGUGCAGACGCGUGAUUCGACAGCGCGUCGGUCGCGCGCGACUCCGCGCCGCCGCGUCGCGUCUGUCGCUGCCGCCCGCGCUCACCGCCUACCUACUGUACCGCGCGCCCUAGCCGCCCCUCACCCGCGCCCCACGCAACCAACCCGCGAUACUACUCCCAACAGUCCACACCCAGCUGCCAACGAGCGUCCAACACAAGCGUCCACCGCGGACUGUGCCACAAAACCCCUCGAUGUGGAUUGUUUGGACAUUUCCCCGUCUAGAAACAGGCGUCCUAACGCCGACGCGGACUAUGAUACGAAUAUCCUCAAUGUGGAUUGUGUGGAGAAGCGAAACGUUCAGACGCUCUGACGAAUGCGGUCUAUGAAACUUAUGAUGUCAUUACCUCGAACACGCCCCUUAUGUCUUCUUAUUAUGUUAGUAACGCUUCAAUCGAUGCAGACUUUUUCCCAAAAACUUUACCACCGAUUUAAAACACGUGGUAUACAAUCAAUAAUUUACCAGAUAUACUAUAGUGUCCCCGAAAAUAAGUUCUCGAUUCUCGAUGUGAAUCGGUAACUUACUUUUGAUUAUAUUCUAGUGUUAAAUCCAAUGUCAACAUGUCUCACGAAUCCGCAGUAAAAGUGACUGAAGUGUUUAAUUUCAAGCAAGAAAAUAUGAAUUAGAAAUUAUAUUUAACUUUUUUAAACACUAUGGAAUAAAUAGGUGUGUAAAGGAAAUCCGGAUACAGGAUUUUCUGCUGGAUUUUGUGUUCGUCUGUAUAACUAGUACAUUAUUAAUUGAACCUCGCUACAAAUUUUAGUUGAAAGCUUCUACUAUUGAGAAAACUAGAAUCUCCAAGCGAAAUAAACUUAUUUUCAAGGUCAAAGUAGGAUAUUCCGAAAGUCAGAUUCGGAAGUAAAAAUUUGCAAUAAUUACGUGUAAAUCUAAUAUUAAUCUAAUAAUUGGCAAUAAAUAAAAUACACUAACUACUAAAUAACUACACUGUUCAAAAUAACUUUAGCGCCUCUGCACACGACAAAAGAUGAGUUGUGAGACGCAGUGAGUGAGUGAGUGGCCGAAUACUGAAAUGUCAAUUAAUUGUUAAGGUCAUCUUAAAUAUUAAGUGGCUUAUUUUGGAUGUUUGUUGCAUGAACGUUAUGUCAAAAACACUUCAAAUAAAACGUAAGGUCCCCUUAACUCUUAACCUUACUUUUCAGUAUUAGGUAGUUUUACUGACGCACUAUGCCAAGGGCGGAAUUAGGAUUAGCAGACAUUUCUAUCUUUCAACUUGUAACUAUUACUGCAUCUCGUAUCUUCUACCAAUUCUUACUGUUCGGGGAAUUCCUUGUCCAUUUAGUGUUAAGCGUACAAAGCAAUCAAAUGAAAACUUGCUUCCAAAACCUAGUUGUAGCAUGUGAAACUUCCAAAACAAUUACAAGACUAUGAUAAUUCCAAUGCUGUGUAUGUAAAAAAAAAAAUGCGUUAUAGUUCCAUUAAUGUACCGUGUUUAGAUGUUCUCAUUUUACACAUAACGUAUUAUUCCGAUGUGAACAUUAUGAUUUUAUUUUUGCACUAUCUGUGAUAUUUAUAUUUUAAAGGAAACACCAGCAUUUUUGUAUGUGAAAAUAUUGUUACAUUCGUGUCGAAAUCAUAACAUAAGAAUUUUGUAGAGUUCAUUCAAUCAUUGCGGAUGGGUUUUACUUUGAUAAUCACGAGACGCUUUCUAGUUGUGGGCGAUUAUUAUAAUGGUACUAUUCCGUUACCGAUAUUAUCAGAUUGUGGACGUUUAUAUAUGAUAAUAUUUAUAAGUUAAAUGUGGCAGGAAAUCAUGACCAAAAUUUGUGUUAUCAACGAUCCGUAUGUGAGCCGUACGUUUUGAAAGCCAUAUGAUCUCUUAUCGAAUAUGAAUAUCUGCAUUGAAUAGAACCUAGUCACUGCAGAACAUCGUAUUUAACUUGUUAAGAAAUAUUUUAUUAUGAUCAACAGCAAUUUAUACAUAAUUCACGAGCAGGGAUGUUGUGGAUAUGAUUUUUCGGAUCUGAAUAUGGAUAUAUGAAUAUAUGAAUAAUAUUAUACCGGUUUUAAUUUUAAUUUACGGGUAUAAAAUUAUUUUGGAUUAAUCGUUAGUUUCGGUUGGUUUCAGUUACGGAUAUUAGAUUUUUAAGAAAUUGUUAAUUUUAACAAGAAUGAAGCACUACCUUAUGUGCAGUGGCGUGCACAGGGUUUACGACCAGGGUAUGCAUAAAGCAGCUAGAUGGCAUAAAAUGGGAAGAAUUCCCUCGAAUACGAGUUAAAUAAAAUAUUUUGGGUAUGCAGUGCUUUUGUGCAUGUAUCAAGUGCACGCCACUGCUUAUGUGGCUAAAGAAUAGGAAUACUUAAAUCUGUCAAAUUGAGUUAUGACCCUAUUCCGAUCCGAAAUUAUUCGAAACUUCUAUCAGAUUCAGUUAAGGUUACGAAUGUAUUUUUAUUUCGGAUAUCCGAUAGUUCGGGUAUUCAGCUCCAUAACAUCCCUCCUCACGAUCAUCCGCGAUAUCGCUAUCUAAUGUUAGAAUGCGAUUGUUCUCACGAGCGACGCCGCUCGCGUCUAGGCCAGUGUAACGUUGGCAAUCUUACAUACUAUUUUAUAGCUCAUUAAGUGACUGGUUUAUUUUUUAGUUUAGGAUUUUAAUUCCUAAUGUAAAAACGUGUGAUUGAGUGAUGUGUAUAUAACUAUCUAUGACGACAUGCAUUAUUUUUUUUCUUUAUUGCUAUCGAAAUUUUUAUUUCAAAUAACCGUGUGCGGUGCUUUAGGCUGCGUUUUGACAGCGCAGAGACUUCCACUUUCCGAUUCAGCAACUUUUCCAACAGGUUGUCAACUGGUUGUCGAAAUGCAUAUGACAGCGACAGUUGUACACUCAGCGCAAAUUUGAAUGGAGUUAUUAGGUUGCUACCAGAUAGCAACUAUCAGAAAAGUUACUGAAUAGGGAGGCCGGAAUACACAAACGUUUAUUGAUGGAUGAUUUGAUAUCACGUCAUCCAUCAAUAAUCAGAACGUCUAAACUCUGCCUUUACUCUGCUUUAGUUGAAACGUUUAGGGCUUGACUUGGAACUAGUGCUCACAAUCAAAUAUGCGAGUUUUAAGUCAAUGUCAGAAUAUUAGUGUUUGCUUCCAUAGCGUAUCGUACACAAUAAUUUCCAUCCCUAUCGGAAGAUGAGCAUUUUUGUAGUAGUUGAACUGAAUAAGCUUUGUCGUUUCUAGGCUGAACAGAGCUCAUUCCAUUGGAAGUAGAACAGUUGCAGUGGAGGACACGCUUUUAAAUGCUUAUGUUACCACACUUGUACAAAUUUACCUUGCUAAAGAAAAUCAACACUACAUUAGUGUAGACGGUGAUUAGAUGGAAGCGCACAAGUGUGGCGCAUCUUUAUCGGUUAUUUCCAUCCUUAGUGUCGGCUAGAACAAUGUCAAAAGUGUACGAAAAGGCUAGAUUUCCACCAAACAGACAAAACAAAGUAAAAACUAUUCGGUUCGAUCAAACCAAAUUUAUUCAAUAAGAUUCAUUUCUUUUUUUGUCUAUUUGCUAGAAAUCUAGUUUAAACAUACAAAACUGGAGCUAUGUUCCUAAUUUUUGGAGUCUUCAAAAUCCCUCAUUUCGUAUUAAUCUAUAUUUGUCUUCUUUUGUGACGUUAGACUAUUAGGUGUAAUGCAAUAAGUUUUUGAGAAUAUUAUCUCCAAAGCACCAUUAAUGAAAUACGUCAGCCAUUUUAACGCAAAUUAGUUAUAUUGAAAAUGUGUAAAAUAAGUACUUCCAUUUCAAAACCUAAGUUUUUUAUUUGUAUGUAGGCUACGGCAUGUAGACAAACCUGCGUGAAAACUCACUAUUGUAUACCGUCGAUAUUCACAUUUAAUCUCUAGCUAUUGUAAACACGAGUUGAAUUUACUUUGAAUGUAAACAAAAUAGUUUAUUAUUUUGUUAAUUAUAAGAUGUUUCAUGUCAAUGUGUGUGAAGUAACUAUAAUAUACUGCCAAAUGCGAAAUGUAUGAGCGUGUAUGAUGUAUGUGAAAUGAAUGGCAACGAGCGACGAAUGAAAGUAGAGAGAGAGUGUAGAGUAUGAGCAGAGUGGAUUUUUUUUUGUUGUGUAAGAGAUAGAUUCAUUAAUAUUAACAUAAAAUACACCAAGCUCGAUGUACUAUUGACAUAAAAGUCCUUUAGAAUGAGCUCCAAGAGAUACGUUCUUAUUUUACUGUAUUCUUUUAUGCCCAAAUUAGUGUUUAACUUAUUUCAGUACUUUAACAGUUAGGGGCUCAUUCGAAA